UAACAAUGUUCACACUCACACCCCAAAGCAGGAGAUGAAAGAAACCCCUUACUCCCCCCCAAUUCUCCGGCCGUCUGCAGCUCGCCGGACACCGUCAUUUUCGUCGUCAUCUCGAUCGAAUUCUUGGGAUUCAUCCUUGGAGUUGUCAUCAUUCUCCUUCAACGAGGAAUCCCCUCCAUAUAGCCCCAGCACUCCACUCAAAUUCAAAGGCAUCCCAUUCUCUUGGGAGCAAAUCCCCGGAAUCCCCAAGCACCAGCAAGCUGGAUUCAAGAAGAAGGAAUCCUCCUCCGCCCAUCUCCUCCCCUUGCCGCCUGCCGGAAACUCCAAUUCCUCCACCAAGAAACUGCAAAAUCAACAAGACAUCUCUCCCAAGAAUAAGUACCACACCAGUACUAGAUUCCAAAGAGAUCCAUUCUUGGCAGCACUAAUGGAAUGUUCCAAGGAUGAUGAUGAUGAUGAUGGUACAAUUUGGAAGGGCAGCUCCAAGAUUAGCAGGAGUUUAAGUGAUAGGUUUGGGAUUGGGUUCAUAAACAUGUCGGCUUCUUGCAAGAGAACUUGUACAGUUUCAGAAUCCAUUGUUUAUCUCCCAAGUAGACCAACCCCACAUUACCUUCUUCAUCGUCGUUCCAGGCCAGCUAAUUCAUCAUCAUCGCCUCAUGGUAGCACCAUUAGUAUCCUAUAGAUAAGUUUUAAUUAUUUACUUCAAUAAUGUAAUUUUCUGUGGUAUUUUUUUCACUUGUUUUAAUUGUUCAAGUACUGUUGGGGGGCUGUCUAUGGAUUUAUAGGACAAGCCAAGCUGUGCCAAGAUCAUGUUGUAGUAAGGUAAAUCUAUUAAAUUAAUCUGUGUUUGAUUAUUA